AUGUCAUCGACAGCAAUAAUAGAAGGGGAAUGCAGCACAAACGAGGAGGAUGUUUUAAAAGAUGUGGAUUAUAUUAUGCGACACUAUUCUGGUUACUUCCAUCAGAUGGAGAUAACUAACCGCGAGAAGGAUAGUGUCACCUUCCGCUUGAUACCCAAUGAUGAUAAAACUCGAGAGCUCAUAGUAGUACUCAAUCGAUCUCACUUCAUAUUGGAGGGGGACUCGUCGACUAAACCUAAUCAUGAACUGCUCAUUGGGCGAAGGUUUGAGACGAUCGAACAGUUAUUGUCAGCUGUAAUGGGAGCACAUCACUUUGGACAGAUGUUGAAUUCACUAUUGGUGACUCGUUUAGAAAGCCUUGAGAGCUCACCACGGAGUGAUAAUCACUGUCGAUGACUCUACGUCUUCACUGCAAUAAGUGCCAUCAUCGUAUGGUAUUAUAUCA